CUGAUGACGUCUUCUUUAUGAAACCUAAAACCGCCCUCUCCCCUGAUGUAAGCGGAAGUGAAGUUGCGGUAAGAAAGAUGUCCGACGGAAAGUUUUCUACUGUUCUGGCAAGAACUGUACUACAGCAAUGUGUCUAUGCCAGACUUCAGGUUAAACCGCCAGAGGAAGAGACUCCGGCUGAAUGGGUUGAGAUCGAAAGGGGGAUGGUGAUUUACAUCUGUUUUUUCAAGGGGGCCACAGAAGAUAUUAUCCAAAAAAUGGUGAACACCCUGCUGGAAGUGAAGCUGUGUGAGGCUGAUUCGGGGAAGCGCAUGUCUGUGCUGGAGCUACCUGGAAGUGUACUUAUCGUCCCCCAGGCUACACUAGGAGGAAAGGCCAAAGGGCGGAGCAUGCAGUAUCAUGGCAACAUUGGGAAAGAGGAAGGGCUACAGCUCUAUACCAGCUUUGUAUCCCAGUGCGAAAAGCAACUGUCCUCAUCCAGCAAAUGCACUGAAGCUGGGGUAGCUGUUAAACACGGCACCUAUGGAAACCGACAAGUGCUGAAGCUGGACACCAAUGGACCCUACACACAUAUGUUUGAGUUUUAAUGAUUUUCACCUUUUGCACACUUCUACAGCAGCCGUUUUUCUUACUUUGGCUCUUUUUAGGUCACUCUUAAAGGGCAGCCAAAAACAGGACUUAAUAUUGUGAAUUGUAAUUAUCUUUGCAUUUGUAAUGUAUCACACAUUCUGUAGCCUACAAAUAAAUACAAAUAAACCCCACCAAAAGCAAUGAUGUUACCGAGGCAUAACACCUCCAAAUUUUCCUGUUGCAGAGAAUGCAUUCAGAAAUAUUAGUAGAAGCUGCAGAAACUAAAGAUGCAUCCAUCCAUGGUAAGAUGAAGUCUGUCCCAAUGGCAUUUUCACUUCAAAUGGCAUUUUGCAGAUAUAUGUAGGUUAAAGAUUUAUUUGACUUUGACAUGAAAUACACACCACUUUUUCUGGUGUAUAGGAUACCAAUUCCAUUUAAAUGUAUCCAACCAACACUACACAUUUAUUACCUCAUAUCAGGGGUGUCCAGUCGUAUUCUUAAAGGGGAGGUGUGGGUGCAGGCUUUUGUUUUUGCCCAGCAUUUGAUUCAACUAAUUAACUAACCAUGGCUUUCAAUCAAGCUAACGUGUCUACUAUUGCAUUAAGUCGGCAAAAAGUUUAUUUAAAUGUAGUGUUGAUAUACACUCAGUGAGCUCAGUGAGAUUUCUUUAGACAUUCAUUCUUCUGCUGCUGUAGCCUAUCCACUUAGAGGUUUGAUGCGUUGUGUGUUCAGAGAUGCUCUUCUGCAUACCACUGUUGUAAUGUGUGGUUAUUUUUGUUACUGUCAGCUUUGACCAGUCCGGCCCUUCUGUUCUGACCUCUCUCAUUAAGAACACGUUUCUACCCGCAGAACUGCUGCUCACUGGAUGUUUUUUGUUUUUCGCACCAUUCUCUGCAUACUGCACAUCUGCAUUUAGUUGCUGCCACAUGAUUGGCUGAUUAAAUAUUUGCAUUAACAAGCUGGUUUACAGGUUUACCUAAUAAAGUGAUCACUGAGAGUCCAUAUUUGAACCCCUGUCCUUGUAAUGAAAAGGCCCUGCCUCUUCCUUGAAGUUGAUCAAUCAACUUAAAAUCUAGUUUUGCAUGUGUGUGAGUAUGAGUCUUAUGUUGUGUAAGAGGGAUGCAUUUUGCAUGAAUCCAUUAAUCUAUUCAUUAUUGGUUCAAGAAUAAAUGAAAAACAAAAUGAUUGAUUUUAUGAUGCAAAUUACAAUUUUUUACAUAUGUUGGAAGUAUUUCAGCUGUUUCAUUUCAUUGUUUCACUCUGAUGAAGUUUGAAUGUUUUGCAUAAAUAAAUAAAAAACAAACAUAUUAGCCAAAC